GCUCUGUAAAGAGAAGACUGGUGAAAGGAUGAGUCUGAACCACGGUCUUUACGCCGCCGGCGAGCUAACCUGGAGCCUGUGAGGGAGACCGCUGCCACCGCGCCGCUGGACAUCAUCCUUACAAAGACAUGACUACCAAUGCCAGCCCUUUGCAUCCAUACUGGCCUCGGCACCUGAGGCUGGACAACUUUGUGCCUAAUGACUGCCCAACUUGGCAUCUCCUGGCUGGCCUCUUCUCUGUCUCUGGAGUCUUGGUUGUGACCACGUGGCUGUUGUCAGGUCGUGCUUCGGUCGUCCCCUUAGGGACUUGGCGGCGACUGUCCCUGUGCUGGUUUGCAGUAUGUGGGUUCAUUCACCUGGUGAUUGAAGGCUGGUUCAGCCUCUACCACGAAGAUCUUCUUGAAGACCAAGCUUUCCUGUCCCAACUCUGGAAAGAGUAUGCCAAAGGAGACAGCCGCUAUAUCCUGAGUGACAACUUCACGAUAUGCAUGGAAACCAUCACAGCUUGCCUCUGGGGACCACUCAGCCUUUGGGUUGUGAUUGCCUUUCUCCGCCAACAGCCCCUCCGCUUUGUCUUACAGCUCGUGGUCUCUGUGGGUCAGAUCUACGGGGAUGUGCUCUAUUUCCUGACAGAGCAGCGGGACGGAUUCCAGCAUGGGGAGCUGGGCCACCCACUCUACUUCUGGUUUUACUUUGUCUUCAUGAAUGGUCUGUGGCUGGUACUUCCUGGAAUCCUCGUGCUUGAUUCUGUAAAGCACCUCGCUCGUGCCCAGGGCAUGCUGGAUGCCAAAGCCACAAAAGCUAAGAACAAGCAGAACUAAUGUUGGCUGAGCUCAGACACUGGCUGAUGAGGAACACUCCACCAGUCAGAAGAGUCCAGUCCUUACACCCACAGGUUGGAGGGACAAAGGGAAUUGAUCUGGCACAUUCCCUCUGAUGGGUAAGCACUGGAAGGGCCAGAGUCAGGGGCAAGAAAGGAGGUGUAUAGAGCUACUGCCGGGAGGCACUGGGACAAAGGUACCAAAGAACCUAGGAGGCCUGUGAUGAUGGCAGUUUUUAGAAUCAGGAAAUAAAAGAUCUGGACACUUACA